AUGGUUACAUUAGAUCGACUUGUAUUAUUUUCAACAGCAUCAUUUACUAUAGCUGCUCUACUUGUUCUUAUUAGUAUUACAAGACCACGAUGGAUUUUAUCUAUUAAUGAAGGUGAAACAUCACUUGGUCUAAUUCAGAUAUGUAUUUUAUCAUCAUUAACUUCUCAUGAUCAACAAUGUUUUAUACCAAAUCAUAUUCGUUCUGUAUGGAUUAUAUCAUUUGGUCUUGCUAUUGGUGCUAUUGGUCUUCUUAUAUUAACUGUUCUUUUAUUUCUUGCAUCACAAUAUAGACAAACAUCAACUGUUGAAUAUGGUCGAUUAACUGGAUUUGUUGCUAUGAUUUUUUUAUGUCUUUCAACUAUUCUUUUUCCUAUGGGAUUCGAUUCAGAAAUCAUUGGUGGUUCACCAUUUCAAUUACCAACUGAUUAUCGAAUAGGUUCAAGUUAUGUUGCAUUUAUUGGUGCAACUUGGUUAACUGUAAUAUCAGCAAUAAUUGCUGGAAAAAUGUGUUUACCAAGAUUUAUAACAUAA